AUGAACAAGACGUUCAUUAAUCAGUCACUAAUCGUCUCAUCAAAAGCUCGACAGGAAGACGCUGAAUCACAGGAACAGAGCCGACAUGUCAACGAUUUUGAUGAACCGGUCUCACUCAUCUCUGCUGAUCUUGGCCAUGCUGUGACUCUUCAUUGCACAAUGGUAGUAAAGUCCAAUAUGGAUCUUAUAGUAUGGUACAAGCAAAAACCGGGGCGGAUCCCUCAGGGGAUCGGGAUGAUCGGAGUGGCGAUAGGGGAGAUAAUUUUACCACCGUUCAAUGAGACUGUUUAUCAACUCACCAAAACUGGAAACAUAACUUCUUUGAAUAUUCUACAUGUUACUAAAGACGAUGAAGCGAUGUACAUCUGUGGAGCUUCUCGAGUGAAUGUUAUUGAGUUUUCCAGUGGAAUCUUUUUAUCUGUUAGAGAUAAACCACAUUUGGGCAUCUCUGUGUGGCAGCGCGGCGUGUCGGACUCGGUUCCUGCAGGAGCCUCAGUGACUCUGCAGUGCUCGGUUCUCUCUGAGAGCAGAGCAGCAGAACUCCAAGUGCUCUGGUUCAGAGCUGCUCCACCACAAUCCCAUCCUCAAAUCAUUUACACUCAUCACAACAGCAGCCAUCAGUGUGAGAGCGACUCUUCUACACACACCUGUGUGUACAACUUCUCCAAGAACAUCCUCAGCCUCAAUGAUACUGGAACUUACUACUGUGCUGUGCUCCUGUGUGGGAAGAUCAUCUUCGGGAACGGGACACCAAUACAGAUGGAAAAAUCUACGGAUCCUGUAGUGAUCUACCUCGCUGUAGCUUUGGGAGUGUGUUUGCUUGUGAUCGUUGCUCAUAUCGCAACCUGUAAAGGAAGAAACUGUGAAUGUUUCACUGGGAAAUCUCAAGAAUGUAAAGUAAAGAAAACAGAAAAUAAGAGCCGUGAUGCUGGGGAGCUGAAUUAUGUUGCCUCACUGAUUAAUAAAAAGACAGGAAAGACAGAACGAGCUCACGAUAACAUUUAUACUGAAGUGAUUUACUCUUCUGUGUCUUAGAUAAUAGAUGUGUUACAACCCG